CCUCCGUUGGCGGCCGCGGCGCCUGCAAUGGCUCGGGGGCGAGGGACUCGUCGCGCCGUAACAGAUGGGCGGUGGCAGCCCCCUCUCCUCCCUCCGGGCGGGGACCCUGAGAGGGCGCAACCUCGCCCGCUCGCGGUCACAGUUUCUCCUGCUCCUCCUCUCCUUUGAGGGGGCGGCCGUUCGGCCGGAGGGAGUCCUGAGCCGAGCCCCCAGGCAGGGAAGGAGCGAAAAUGGACAUCUCGCAGCUUCCCGGUGCACGUAGUUUUGUUUGUCAGGAUCUGGGGCUUCUGCUGAUCCUGAUGGAGGUUAUGCUGUCAGCCGUCAAAGUGGAUGCUGGUGGAAAGAAAUACACAGGACCAUGUGGAGGCAGAGACUGCAGUGGAGGCUGUCAGUGUUUUCCUGAAAAAGGAAGCCGUGGCCAGCCGGGACUCCUUGGAGCACAGGGAUUCACUGGACCACCAGGAUUGAUGGGGAUCCCAGGAGUGCAAGGUCCCAAAGGUCACAAAGGUGAAAGAGGAUAUCCAGGAAUAAGUGGACCCAAAGGAGAAGUGGGACAAAGAGGAGUUACUGGAUUCCCCGGGGCAGAUGGCAUUCCUGGUCAUCCAGGGCAGCCAGGAUCAAGGGGGAAACCAGGUCAUGAUGGCUGUAACGGGACAGUAGGUGACCCUGGUGACUCAGGAACUCCUGGGUUCUCUGGUUUCCCUGGCACCAUUGGAGUCCAAGGGCCAAAAGGCCAGAAGGGGGAGCCCUAUAUAUUGCCACCGGACAUCGCAAGUCAAUACAGGGGAGAACCUGGGGAUCCAGGACUCAAUGGCUUUCAGGGAUCUCCAGGUGCUCUGGGAAUUGAAGGACCUGCUGGUCCACGAGGAGUGCGAGGAAGACCAGGACCACCAGGGCCCCCAGGACCACAAGGACCACAAGGCAACAGGGGCCUUGGUUUCUAUGGAGAAAAAGGUGAACAGGGCCCCCCAGGUCCUCCAGGUCCACCAGGGCUUCCUACAAGAGAACUGAUGGGUGUCCCCUCUGACAAACACAAGGGUGAAAGAGGAGAGCCUGGACAAAAGGGGGAAGCUGGAAUUCCAGGUGUACUUCUCUUUCCUCUUGAAAAAGGUGAAGAAGGGGUAAUGGGCUACCCGGGACAAAGGGGACUGCCUGGCAUCAAUGGUUUUCCAGGACUCAGUGGAGACAGAGGUUUUCCAGGAUUUGAUGGCCCACCAGGUGGCUAUGGUCCUAGAGGAAGCAAGGGGGAGCAAGGCGAAAUGGGUCCUCCAGGACCAGUCUCCUAUUUUCCUUCACGCAUCCCAAGGAAAGGUGCAAGAGGCGAUCCAGGCUUUCCAGGUGCUUCUGGACUACAGGGAGACCCAGGAGAAGAAGGAGAUCGUGGUGCCCCUGGUCUUCCUGGAUUCUCUGAUGCGGAUGGGGAUAAGCCAGGCUUACCUGGAGAAAUGGGACCAAAAGGCGAGAAAGGUGAAUUAGGAUCCCCUGCUUAUCAGAUGGGCCCACCUGGGUUCCCGGGUAAGCAUGGGGAACCAGGACUCCGUGGUCCGCCUGGCCCCAUUGGAUUCCCUGGUGCUCUCUUUGGAUUAAAAGGACAAGAGGGAAUCCCAGGUCGAUUUGGCAUGCAAGGUUUCCCUGGGCCAAGAGGACAAAAAGGACCUAAAGGUGAAGAAGGGGAUUGCAGUACAUGCCUUCUGAGUGAUGAAAUGAGAAGGGGCUCUACUGGACCCCCUGGCCCUCCUGGCUUUCCAGGAACCCCUGGCCAGCCUGGGAGAAAGGGAGAACCUGGUGAUGAAGGACCACAUGGUGUUCCAGGUUACCCUGGACCAAAAGGACGUUCAGGUCCGGAUGGAUUUCCUGGGCCGAAAGGAGAAAAGGGAGAGUCUCUUUACAUAACUACUAAAGGCACCAAAGGAAUCCGAGGGGAUCCUGGACAGCCUGGCAUCAGAGGUCAAGAUGGUUUCCCAGGCAGAGAUGGAUCAGAUGGUUUACCAGGACAGCCUGGCCUUCCGGGUGAUGGUAUCAGAGGUUUCCCUGGCGAUCCUGGUUAUCCAGGUGAAUUAGGCCCAAAGGGUUUUCCAGGAGAAGCAGGCCUGCCAGGUGAAGGAUUUCCUGGUCAAAAAGGGUACCGGGGUCCUCCUGGUGACCGUGGACAAGAUGGAAGCCCAGGACCUCCAGGUCUGCCUGGUCUGCCAGGGGAGCCUGGCCAACUAGACUGUGGGCAGGUCAUCGAAGACUUUUCUAGAGGAGAUGCAAGCGAGCCAAUAUGGUCAGGUGCAGGCUGUGUGAGGCCACCGAAGGGAUCUCAAGGCAGGCCAGGACUUCCAGGAGCCACAGGUGCAAAAGGAGCAAGAGGAUUCCCAGGUGAUCCAGGUCCAGUAGGAUAUCCUGGGCUAAAUGGUAGUCGAGGUGAUCCGGGACGGGAAGGAUUUCCAGGUCCUCCAGGCUUUACAGGACCCAGGGGAGACAGAGGCCCGAACGGUCUGCCUGGACUGCAGGGACACCCAGGCCUUACAGGAAAAUCUGGUGCUCCAGGAGCAGCAGGACCAAAGGGCCUUCCUGGUGAUGUUUUAGGAGCACCAGCAGGUUCCCGAGGGGACAUUGGGCUUCCUGGCUUCCCGGGGUUAAAAGGCAUGCCAGGAGAUCAAGGAGUACCAGGAAUUAGAGGAGCGGAUGGUACCCCAGGUUUGCCAGGAGCCAAAGGAGAUCCAGGGCCACAAGGUCUCCCUGGUUUGAUGGGAUUGCCAGGUGCACCAGGAACACGAGGAUUCCCAGGGCUACCAGGAAACCCUGGGCCUGAUGGCAGGCCUGGCCCUCAAGGACCUCUUGGUCCACCUGGUAUUAGAGGAGACGAUGGAGAGCAAGGUUUUCCUGGCCCUGUGGGCCUGAAAGGUCUGGCUGGUGACAAAGGUGAAACAGGCUACCCAGGGUUACAAGGUACACGUGGUGUGACUGGUCCCCCUGGCAUAAGUGGAAUGGAUGGCUUUCCAGGAGAUAAAGGCUUAAAAGGUUCACCUGGCAUUGAUGGCUUCAAAGGCAUGACAGGCCUAAAGGGAAGACCAGGCAUCAAGGGAUUCAAAGGAGAAUUUGGCCUGCUUGGGGCUCAGGGUGAUAAAGGCUCACAGGGUGCACGUGGCUUUAAAGGUGACCGUGGGGAUCAAGGGCCCCCAGGAGAACCCCCAAAGAUCAAGCCCAGUAUGAUGAUGGAAGUUAAAGGUGAAAAAGGAGAUGUUGGAGAAAGGGGAACCAAGGGAUUCUUUGGCUUAAAAGGUAGCAAAGGAAUGCCAGGUGUCCCUGGAAAGACAGGAACACCAGGGUCCCCUGGGCAUCCCAGCUACGUGGCCGGUGCAAAAGGGGACAUUGGUGCAAAAGGGCUGACAGGUCUAAAAGGAUAUCCUGGUCCAGCUGGCUCUCCUGGCAUCAGAGGCUUCCCUGGCAGCACAGGAGGGAGGGGAGAAAAGGGUGUUCCAGGAAUUGCAGGCCAUUUUGGUACACCUGGCUCACACGGUGAAAUAGGUGAUCGAGGAGAUACUAUAAACUUACCAGGAAUGCCAGGCCUUAAAGGAGAAGUUGGUGUGCCAGGCUUAACAGGCACAAGAGGAAACAUAGGACCAAAAGGUGAAGGUGGUGAUCCUGGUUUCCCUGGCAUUGAAGGCAUCAGGGGCACGCAGGGUGUCCCUGGCUCUGUGGGACAGGAAGGUUUGCCGGGGCUUGUUGGACCCCCAGGGCAACAAGGAAGCUCUGGGACACCUGGAUCUAAAGGCGAAAAGGGAACUCGUGGCUGGCCUGGCUUACCAGGACAACCAGGCUUGCCUGGCUCAAGGGGAAUUGGUGGACUGCAUGGUUUACCAGGCACUAAGGGCUUGCCAGGAUCACCAGGUCCAGAUGGCUAUGGCUCUGCAGGGAUGCCAGGUGCAGUGGGUGACAAAGGGGAAGCAGGAGAGCCAAGCAGAGUGGAAGGCAGCCGAGGACCGCCGGGUCAGAAAGGAGACAGAGGUGUCCCAGGAAUCCCGGGACCCUUGGGUAUUCCUGGGCAGGAUGGGUUUCCAGGCCUUCCUGGGGUUUCAAAUAUAUCAGGAUAUCCUGGUGAUAAAGGCUCCCCAGGUCUAGAUGGAGUGCCAGGCUACCCGGGACUACAGGGGCAACCUGGAAUACCAGCUCCACCAGGAAGCAAAGGAGAAAGUGGUCUAAUAGGUGUGAUUGGAGAAACGGGUCCAAAAGGAAGUAGAGGUGAUCCUGGAUUACCAGGGAGACCUGGUGUUCCUGGGUAUCCUGGACCAAAAGGUCGUAAGGGCGAGCAAGGUGUCAUCGGCUUCAUGGGCGCAGUAGGAUUUCCAGGUGAUCUGGGGCCCAUUGGACCCAAGGGAGACAGGGGAGUAACUGGCUUUCAGGGCCCUCCAGGCUCUCCUGGUCCGACCCCUCUUCCUCCAAGGUUGGUUGCUGAGCAAGGUUCACCAGGCCCCCGUGGAAAUAUAGGACCUCAGGGAAGCCCAGGAGAUACAGGACCUCAGGGUCCACCAGGCGAUCCAGGUUUCAGAGGCUCACCUGGGGAAGCAGGACUCCAGGGCACAGGCGGUAUUCCAGCUCCUCCUGGCUCCAGAGGUGAACAAGGACCAUCAGGUUUUCAGGGUCCAGUGGGAUUUGAAGGUCAGCCAGGCCGCCCUGGUAGCCCCGGGUUGCCUGGCAUGCCAGGUCGCAGCGUUAACAUGGGCUACCUGCUGGUGAAGCACAGCCAAUCCGAUCAAGAGCCAAUGUGCCCAGUCGGCAUGAACAAACUCUGGAACGGAUACAGCCUGCUGUACUUUGAAGGACAGGAGAAAGCACACAACCAGGAUUUAGGGCUGGCUGGUUCAUGCUUGGCUCGCUUCAGUACUAUGCCAUUCCUCUACUGUAACCCUGGCGAUAUCUGUUACUAUGCGAGUCGAAAUGAUAAAUCCUACUGGCUCUCAACUACAGCACCUCUUCCAAUGAUGCCUGUGGCAGAAGAUGACAUUAAGCCAUACAUCAGUCGCUGUGCAGUUUGUGAGGCCCCAGCUGUGGCAAUCGCCGUCCAUAGCCAAGAAGCUUCUAUUCCUCACUGCCCUGAAGGCUGGCGCAGUUUAUGGAUUGGAUAUUCCUUCCUUAUGCACACUGCUGCAGGUGAUGAAGGUGGAGGACAGUCACUGGUUUCUCCUGGGAGCUGCCUGGAGGAUUUCAGAGCGACUCCUUUCAUCGAAUGCAACGGUGCACGUGGAACCUGUCACUACUUCGCAAACAAAUACAGCUUCUGGCUCACUACAAUUGACCAGCCCUUCCAAAGCAAGCCCUCAGCAGACACGCUCAAGGCAGGACUCAUCCGAAGCCACAUCAGCAGAUGUCAAGUCUGUAUGAAAAAUUUAUAGAAGUCUUUCACAGUCUAAGGAACCUGCUUAUCAUCUGGUUCUUAGACAGCGAAACCUUCUAGUCGAAUAAAUCAUGUUGGUGCUUUUUUUUUUAACUUAUUACCUCAAAAGCUGAAUGGAAAAUCGAAUUUUAAAAGUGUCUGUUAAAGCAACUGAAGUGUAACAUGAAUUAAGUCUAACUCACAGAUCUAGUGCUGCGUUCUCCUACUCUAUAGUGGUUUUGGCUACUCUGACGUUACGUCAUUUGCCAAAUGAUGCAAAUGCUCACAGCUUUGAAACACCACAGAAAAACUUCAACAAUAAAUGGGUACCUUGGCCAGAUACCCACUGCAUUUACUUCAGAGAACCAAUGUAUCUUUUCUAUUUACUCUGUUUGUUACGAGAUGAGCACUAACAGCUGCAGUUCCAUAAAUUAACACAGGGUGAUCAGUGCUAAACUCUUGCAAAAUCCUGAAAAUAUACUCUGGAAAGUGCCUGUGUCCAGCACAGAAGUCUAACUUUGAUUUUAGUGUUUUAGGCUUCGACAUUUCAAACACACCAAUCUUUUCAGUGUAUUUUUUUUUCCAAGCCUGGGCAUGCUUUUAGCACUUAACCACUGGCAAUAGCAGAAAAGCCCACAGGUCUCCCAAUGAUACUGACCACAAAAUACAGCUCUUUUUGUCUUGGUUAGGCGACUAUGAGAUAAUGGUCAGCGUUUUAUUUUACAAGCUCGAUGGUUCUUUUGUAGACACACUCCAGGCCAAAGGUCUCUUGCUCCACAGCAGUGACGCCAAGUGGCUUUAGCAUUGCAGAUUUUCCCCUCAGCAGCAAAGCCACUCAUCACAAGCAGAUUUUCACCAUGUACUGCUGGAGCAGCUAUUAGACACAAGGUAGAUUUUGCAGUGGAGCAUACUGCUCAAUGAUCUCAAAACAACGAACUUCCAGAUCUGCCAGUUGCCUGUCUGAAGGAGGGCUGUCCUGGCAGCUGGGGACACGUGGCAAGAGUAUGACCAUCAUCCCAAUUCGCACACAGCCACCUCUGCAAAAGCAAAGGGGAAGGAGGCAAGACAUUCAUUUAACGCCAUCUUUUCCCACAAAGAACCAUGCUAUUGCAUGCCAGGCUUGAUAAAUAGAUAGAAGGGCUAGUUCUUUCCUUCUGUAGGAAGAAGCAAUUUAGCCCAAAUUUGUUUGUCACUACUGCAAGACAAGGGGAGAAAGAAAGAAUCAUCUGCACAUUUCCUAUUCAUAUAGUCCAAUUCUAUACCUGAAUGCUUAAAAUUGAAACCAGACUUUUAUAGUAAUGACAGUUGAUUUUUUUAACAGUUCACCUCACCCCUGCUUCAGGCACUUCUUGGCUUUUGUAAUUACAUUCCAUCCUCACUGUAUCAUAAAUAAACCCUGUUUUUUUUUCUACA